AUGGCCACCCGUAAAAUGAACUUUUUCGAAAAGAUGGCCAACAUGCUUGGCUGUUUAUAUCGUCACCAAGCCGCACAAUUUCCUCGACGAUGGGAAAUCCUUAAGGCCGUUGGCAAGCAUGAACUUGCCCCACCAAAAGCCACUGACUGGCCAGCAAUCCAAGCUGAGUGGAAGAAAGUGACGCAGUUCAUCGCAACGAAACAAUACAAACAGCUUACUGUUAAGGAAGCCCUCGUCUAUACCGCUGUUGCUCUAGAAAUUUCUUUCUGGUUCUUCGUAGGUGAAAUGAUCGGUCGUCGGUACAUAUGCGGUUAUUUGGUCCCAUCCGACUACGUAUCUAAAGACACCCGCAAGAAAGUUAAAGCGUUGGAAGCGAAAGCCAGAGAACUCGGCCAACACUAA